AUGGACUCCCAACGGCCUCGACUAGACUGCUUCUUGCAAGGAUUCAAACAAUCCCGUAUCAUUUUUACGCUUGAGAACUGUGAUAUAUGUACUAUCUACCGCCGUCCGAGUGAAGCAGACGAUACUAUUCAACACCUGGGCAGUAUCAACACGCCUUGCAAGGCUGGCCAAAACUCGGGAAAGAAUGGAUUGUCUCGAGCUCGUUCCCGAGAUCCGUUCUUUAUCAAAAAUCGAAACCGAAGAGAAUACCUGCUGGAGGGAAUCCGGAACGGAAGCGCCGAGAAGCUGAGGAUCAGCUACAGCGUCUUCAGUGUGGACAAGAUACAAGAGCCCACUUUCGUCAAAAAAAGAAGCCCCAGAGUGGCUUUUCCAUGCUACCGUCUCCGAAGAGAUCAAGCCACAGGUUUCCGAAACGACCGAAAUCCAAUUCGCGCUCUACAAGAACUCUCCCUUGACAAAGAGGUUUUUCUCUCAAAAAGACUGUUCGUACACGGCAGAGAAAUGGAUCCCCACGGCCCUGAGUUCUUCAACCUCGAUAGGUGUCAGCACUCGGGUCUAGAGACGUCAAUCAAAGACGCUCGGAUCAAGCGCAUCCUCGACCAGACUACUCUCGACCAGUUCCAGCUAGAGACUUUCAAAAAGUCCACCGCGGCAAGUCCUGGCGGAGUGAUGCUGAUCCAAGGACCCCCUGGAAUAUGUAAAACCAAUGCGACUAUUCCGGUCGUCCUCUCCCAUGCCGCAAUUGGGAUUAAGUUUUUGAUUGCUGCUGGGUGA